UCGCUGCAGUUCACUGCGUUUCCGUAGCCAGCUCGCUACCCGCUGAGCGCUGGCUGGUGAGGCAGCUCGCCGAAGCGAUUGAUCCCCAUCAAAUAACGUUAAAGCUUGCCUCCUGAAUGGCGGAUUAACACGGCUAUCGGAAGGGACACUCUAAAUCAAUGCUUGUGACUCGGGCGAUUUUAGGGAGUGCGUUGGCAACACCCUCCGUAACAUGCGAGAUGUGCAGAGAAAGAUAUUAACUGUGCGUUAUUUCGGCUAACUAGCUAGCAGCUACCCCCGUCUCAAUCCAAUUAAUGGUAGCUCGCUCGGUCUGUUUUCUUCAAGCGUCGCGUCUGUAACGGGGGGGAUAAAAUGAAGAAGUUUAACAUAAGGAAGGUGCUGGACGGCUUGACAGCGGCGUCUUCUUCUUCCUCCUCCUCCGCAACUGCUCAGCCCGGUACUCCCAGGGAAAACGAUGUUGUCCAGGAGACUCUCCAGUCGGAACAUUUUCAGCUGUGCAAGACUGUGCGUCAUGGCUUUCCAUAUCAACCGUCCUCGAUGGCUUUUGACCCCGUGCAGAAAAUCCUGGCCGUCGGGACUCAGACCGGAGCUUUGAGGCUGUUCGGCCGUGCGGGUGUGGAGUGCUACUGUCAGCAUGAGAGCGGUGCUGCUGUCAUCCAGCUCCAGUUCCUCAUCAAUGAGGGGGCGCUGGUGAGUGCCUUAGCUGAUGACAGCAUCCAUCUGUGGAACCUGAGGCAAAAAAUUCCRGCUAUCCUACAUUCUCUCAAGUUUAACCGGGAGAGAAUCACAUACUGCCACCUGCCCUUCCAGAGCAAAUGGCUGUACAUCGGCUCAGAGCGAGGAAACAUCCACAUCGUCAACGUGGAGUCCUUCACCCUCUCAGGCUAUGUCAUCAUGUGGAACAAAGCCAUCGAAUUAUCCACCAAGACACACCCAGGGCCUGUUGUGCACAUUAGUGAUAACCCCAUGGACGAGGGCAAGCUUCUGAUUGGAUUUGAGUGUGGGGUCGUGGUGUUGUGGGAUUUGAAGUCCAAGAAAGCUGACUACCGCUACAAUUAUGACGAGGCGAUCCACUCAGUUGCUUGGCACCACGAGGGGAAACAGUUUGUCUGCAGCCACUCCGAUGGCACUCUGACCACGUGGAAUAUACGCGCCCCGGCCAAGCCUGCCCAGAUCAUCACGCCACAUGGAAAACAGCCUAAGGAUGGAAAAAAGCCAGAACCGUGCAAGCCUAUCCUAAAAGUGGAGUACAAAACUACAAGAGCUGGAGGCGCCUUUCCUGUUGUUCUGCAUAAACCAAACAUCAGUUUGGAUGAYGGCGUCCUUAUUGURGAUGGAAAGCUGGAAAGGUGCCUAUCGUCAGCUUUGGUGCUCUCAGAGCAUGUAAUGUUUUCCUURAGUUAUUUUCACACGUCAACAGUUCUCGUUUAUUGUGACAGGUAUCCGAUAUUCGAGAGCCCCUACCCUCUCUCCAUCCACGAGUCACCGGUGACGUGUUGCGAGUAUUUUGCCGACUGCCCCUCUGAACUCAUCCCUGCACUUUACUCUGUCGGCAGCCGGCAAAAACGACAAGGCUACAGCAAGAAGGAAUGGCCCAUUAGUGGUGGAAACUGGGGCCAAGGCACACAGACUUACCCAGAGAUUAUCGUCACAGGGCAUGCUGAUGGGACGAUCAAAUUUUGGGAUGCUUCUGCAUUAAUGCUUCAAGUGCUGUACAAGCUGAAGACUGCCAAGGUGUUCGAGAGGGCUCGGGGUAAGGAGGAGAAGCCGAGCACAGACAUCGUGGACGAAGACCCGUUUGCCAUCCAGACCUUGUUCUGGUGUCCGGAGAGCAGGAUGCUGUGCGUGGCYGGAGUUUCUGCUCACGUCAUCAUCUACAGGUUCAGCAAACAGGAAGUCACCACUGAAGUUGUUCAGCUGCUGGAGGUUCGGAUGCAGUGCGAGUUCAGCGAGGUCGACUCCCCGGAUCCGGGGGGAGAGCAGACCCCCACCCUGCCGACCCCCGCAGCUCCCUCCAGCCCUCAGGAGGCCGAGCCCCCGAACCAGCUCACUGCAGGCGUCAACUCCUCCGAAGGAGCCAGGGACAACAUACCAUGCCUUCAGGUGAGGAGCUCCCCGCUGAAGCAGUCUCCGGGCUACCAGGUGGAGCUGGUGGUCCAGCUGGUGUGGGUGAGCGGGGAGCCGCCUCAGCAGAUCACCAGCCUGGCAGUCAACUCCUCCUUCGGCCUCGUGGUGUUCGGGAACAGCAACGGCCUGGCGGUGGUGGACUACGUCCAGAAGACCCUGCUGCUCAACCUYGGCACCUCGGAGCUGUACAGCCCGUCAGACCCCUGCCAGAGGCAGCCCCGCUCCCCGCGGAAACCACGCCAGCCUUCUGGAGCGGGAUUUUGCGACUCCAACGACGGGUCUAACAACUCAGAGGACCGAUGCAAAUCACCCACGUCAGGAUCUACCUCACCCUGCAAUUCAGACGAUGAACGAAAACAGAACUUCAUAGAGAAGGUGAAGUUAAAAAGCAGACGCUUUUCCAAGACGGUUGCCAAUGACUUUGCCAAGAUGUCGCGGAAAAUUAGCUCGUCUGGUGAGCAAAAGCUAGAUCUGGACGGGAAGGAUAACGCAUUCACCCGCUCGCGUAGCUCAAGCGUAACCAGCAUAGACAGAGAGUCUCGAGAGGCCAUCUCCUCCUUUUACUUCUGCGAGAGUUUCCCCAGGAAGUCGGACAGCCUGGCCAGUCCCUGUCUGCUGGUGGGGACCACGCAGGGCUCCGUGAUGAUGGUGGCCCUCGGCCUGCAGCCGGGUGGCGACCAGAAGCUCCAGCAGCCGCUCAGCUUUGCCUCCUGCGGCACUUUGGUCCAACUCAAAGGAGGCAUCCUGACCAUGGCGCUGCUGGAUGCUGCUGGAACUCUGCUGCCCCCUUCCUGCGAAGCGUGGUAUGACCCCAACGCCUCAGACGAAGAGAAAGAGAAGGUCCGGAGGCGCAGGCCGGCCACGCCUCCAUCCUCACAGGAAGGCCAGGACUCCCAGUUUGCCGUGCUGUGUUCAGAGAAGCAGGCCAAGGUGGUGGCCAUGCCGUCCCAAACCAGCAUCUACAAACACAACAUCACCGAGACCUCGUUUGUGCUGCGCGUUGACGUGGUGCAGAUGGCCGGGGCCUACUGCAUCGCCUGUUUCUGUGCCAACGGCCACAUUAUGACCCUGAGCUUGCCCAGUCUGCGGCCUCUGCUGGACAUCAACUACUUGCCACUGACAGAUAUGCGGAUAGCCAGAACGUUUUGCUUCUCUAACUUGGGCCAGGCUCUGUACCUGACUUCCCCCACCGAGAUCCAGAGGAUCACCUACAGCCAGGAGACGUGCGACAACCUUCAGGAAAUGCUCAGCGAGUUAUUUACCCCCGUGGAGACGCCGGAGGCUCCGAACAGAGGCUUUUUCAAAGGCCUUUUUGGCGGAGGAGCUCAGUCUCUGGACAGGGAAGACCUCUUCGGCGAAACGGCGGCCGGCAAGGCCUCUCGUAGCCUGGCCCAGCACAUCCCAGGCCCGGGCAGCAUGGAGGGCAUGAAGGGCGCGGCGUCCGGGGUGGUGGGCGACCUCGCCCGCGCCCGAGUGGCGCUGGACGAGAGAGGGCAGAAACUGGGAGAACUGGAGGAGAGGACGGCAGCCAUGAUGGCCAGCGCAGAGUCCUUCUCGAAACACGCCCACGACAUGAUGGUGAAGUACAAAGAUAAAAAGUGGUACCAGCUCUGAUGACAGCGAGCGGAGAGCCGGACUCUGUCAUGCACACCAGUAUGUCCGGGGAGCUGGGAUUCCUCCUCUUCUCUAUUUUUUUUUUUUUUUCCUGUUUUUCUCCGCGCGGGCGUGCGGUCGGGCGGGCUGGACGUGCUCUGCUCAACAGAUUCAUGCUCUUUCUCUCAGCACAAUAAUCUUCACUCUCCAUCACUCCAGUCGACAGACGAGAAGCAAGCUCCUUGGCUUCUCUUCUUCCGUUUCACCCGACAGCGAUAGAAGAUCGACGUAUAUCCACACCUGUUGCUUUUCGAGUGAAGACGGGAAGGGAGGAGGGACAAUUCUGCAAAUAUGAUGUACUCUGGGUGGCCUGGCUGCACUUUCCCACCCCCCUUUUUUUUUUCUUUCUAAGCCCUUUAUUGUGUCUGCCAAACACAGCGAACUUAAACGAGGAGAAAAGUCUGAUCCUUCGAAACGAAUCGAGUGAACACGUGAGGCUCCACAGGAGUGACUGGGAAGGACUUCUGUUUCGUUUUUCUGUCCUUUUUCUCUUGUUUUCUCCAUCUAGAAAGGGCCUCGAAGCACUUAGAGUAGUAGAGUAGAUAAAUUGGACAAACAGAUGCUGGAUCUGUUGCCUCUUAACUGAACAAGGGCUGGUAGUUCAGUAGUUUGCCAUCGACAUUUUCACGGCUACCGAGUCGCUUUUCGGGCGAGAAUGUUUUCUGAGUCACUUUGGUUUUUAUUUAAAGUAGAAAAAUAUUUUGGCAUUGAAGAUUGUGUGUUGGGCAUUAAAAAAAUAAAUGAGCAAAAAAAAAGUGCUAAAAAUGUUUACCCCCAAUGAAGAGUUUACAUUGUUCUCCAACAAAUGAGUUGAGACACUGGAAAACCCCCGAGUGCUGAAGUCAGAUCUUGUGACAGGCUAAACAAAGAUUGUUUUUAUUUUAACAAGGAUAAAUGUUGGGGUUUUUUUAGAAGUUUUCUGAGAUAAAAAUCAACCUUUUUUUUCAUCCUGGUGUGGCUAAAGAUGAUUUUUGUCUAUUUUUUAAAUAUUUUUUUUUAGAUGCACAUGGAAGAAAAAAGCGUGUUUGUCUUACAGCACAACGGAAGUGGUGAUGCUGUUUGUGUUGGUAGACAUGACCGAGCACAGUGACGUGCUCCACACAGUGCCACAGCUCGUCUCUUUAUGAACUGCUCUUUUAAACACUCUCUCUCUCUUUUUUGUUUUUGUUUGUUCGCCUUUGCCUCAUGAAGCGUAAACGCUAACCUCUAGUUAUGUGUACGCUACUGUGACUUGCAAAAGUAUUCAUCCCUUGUGAGCUAUUCCUCAUCAAAGAAGAGCGUGGUUGUGAAGGAUCGGGAGUAUUUUGGAUGGUUUUCGUGUUUACAAAUUCAAAUCUGUAAAUUGUGGUAUGUUUUAGUUUUCAGCCCUGUCUUUAUUAUGAUAAUGACAGGGCUGUCUUUAUUAUUGGCUUUAUUACAGAGCAAAUGUUAAGUUGCUCUGUGACAACUUAACAUUUUUCCUCAGAGCUUCAACAAACGUUGACUAGAUCGUUCUAACAAAGCAACAGAUUGUAAUCCAAAUCUUUAAUGCUUUGGCUCGUCAUCACUCUUCGCCACAGAACUCUGCUGCAGCUUCCAUUCAAUACAAAAGGUCCCACAGCAUGAUACUCCCACCGCCGUGGUAUUUUUAGGGUGACGUGCAAUGUUUUUGACUCCAGUCUGCUGUGAGAUGUUCAAAACUGAAGCUUCUCCACAGUUGUAUCCCUGACCUGUCCACUGUCUUUUUUUUUUUUUUGGUCUUUGUGAUAUUUGUUUGCAAUUGCUCUUUGCAGAUCAGCCAUAUUUUAUUCCAAGCUUAAACUACACACAGUUCCACUCCAUUUGCUAAUUAGGUUGCACUUUUUAUUUUGUGGGAUCACAUAAAAAGGAGGCUGAACAGACAAUAAAUGCCACAUUUUUUUUUAAUUUUCAUUGAGGACAAUGAAGUUUGUAACAUAGUAAAGUAAAAAAAAAAAGUUCCAAGGGGUAUGAAUACUUUUGCUAAGCGUUGUACAGGUUUGUGUAUGUGAAAAUGCGUAUACGAAGGAAUAUGUGUAGUAUGGCCGCCAUAUUGAUGCAGUGCAUUACAUCAGAUCUCUACAGGUUAAAUUAAUUUUUCCUGGAGUGUUUUGUCAAAAAAAAAAAAAGAUUCAAUAUUUUUGUUUCCUUUCACAAACUGCAAUGAUCUGCUGCUGUUACAAGCUAACAUAGGAAAAGCAAGACUUCAAAUUGCUGCCAAAUGCUGUAAAUAGCGCGACGGUUUGACCGCGAAUCUGAGCGCGCGAGCUUCGGCAACACUGUACGCUUGCGGCCAUGUUGUUUUCUGACACCAAAGAGUUACCUUUAUUUCACAGAGUUGUCUUUAUUUAUGUAUUUUUCCCCUCCGGAAUACUAAGAGCGUAUUUUGACACUCGUCGAAGUCUACUGUGUACACGAAGGAGAGCAGACUGACUUUUUUUUUUUUUUUUCUCGUAUAAGCACGACACUUUUCUGCACCGUCUCGACCUGCUUUGAUUUUUUAUUUUUGUUCAGAAAGGUGAGCAGCGCGAGCUGGAAGAGUUUCUUUCCAAACUGAUUGAUCCACUGGAGAGAAAAAUCUAGAGCCGUCGGCUGGAAAAGACCGAAAUGUCUGAACCCUGCGGUGGAUUACGCAGCAGUUUUCAAAGAGACCCUUCACUUGUCAGACAGCUGAUUUAAUCUACUCCACUUUAUACUACUGAGAUUACCCCAUUUGGAAGAGUAAAAUAUGUGGGUUUUGCACUAUUUUUUGUACUCUGUAAAAUUUUGCUAUGAUUUUUAAUGUGUCCCAUUUUCCUUUUUUUUCUCUUUUUUUUUUUUGAAGGACCAAAACAUCGUAAACUUGUGCUUAUUUAUAUCAUUCGCUGAUUAUGAUUUCUUCAUUCUCAGAUUUUGUUCAUGUCAGAUUAAAGAAACUAUAAAAUAUUUAUAUUUUAAAACAAAUAUAUAUAUAUAUAUAUUAAAUGAAAAUAUACUUUUAUUUCAAAAUCUAUUAAAAUAAGUACUUUUAUGUCAUUUUGAGAUGGAGGAAGUGACGUCUAUGUCCAACCAGUGGCUCUUCAUUACUCUUCAUUCAGAAACCAUUUUCCUGUAUCCAAGUCGCUCAUCCGAUUUUAAAGCUUUGCUACUGCAGCAGGAUCACCUCCUUCUGCUGGGCUGCUGGGUUCUUUCUACUAAGUGUGGCCUCGACUUUAAAAGUGCUUCAGUUUGCAACUUGUACGUCCUAAAUGGUCUCUUAUUGCACAUUGAAGGAUGCAUGAUAUUACGUGUUUACAAACUUGAAACGACCAUGUAUUAUCCCUCUUAGAGAUCGUCUGUUCUGGCAUUUGUAUUUAGCACCACGUUGAACAAAAAUCCUGAAGUUCCCGUUUCGCCUCCCUCAUGCGGUCGUGCCAGUCGUAUAAGUGCGAGGGGUGGAGGGAGGGGCUGGGGGAUGAUGUACAUUUUGUUUUUCUCUCUCUCUGGUAUAUUUGUUAAGGUCACUGUUUGCUUCGGAGAACCUCUCGCUUUUCCCCCAUUGCGCUGUAGAAACGCGUCCCGCAGUCGAGCAUCGUGCCGGAGAGCUCUCGCCAUACUUCCGUCCAUCCAUCCGUCUUCUGGGAUGAUGAACAUCUGUGGAGUUGCAGUAUUUUGUUUGGAAAAAAUAAAUAAAUUUUGUACAGUUUUAUUAAAAUCGAUUUCACAUGGAUGUCUGACUUAAUCUGCUGCCACAAACAAUUUAGACUGUAGAUACAGUAUAUAUAGAUAUUAUUGUGCAAUGGAAAAAAAAAUAAAUGUAAAACCCAAAGUAA